AUGGGUAAGAUGGACCCCAAACGUCCCCGUCUGGUCAAAAUCGUCCUGCCUGCUACCUCACAUUGGCGUACAGCACUUGCUAAUGCUCGACUGCUCCGGAGCGCUGGCUUUCCCCAAGUGUAUAUUCGUAAGAGUAUGACACUUGGGGAAAGACAGCGCGAUUUCGAGCUCAGGCAAAUCGCUCGGGAUCGGAAUAAAGGUAGCACUGUCAAGCAGUGGGUGGUAUAUAGGGACCAGCUCAUGCGUGUGACUGAUCUCCCUAGCAAAAGCUCGGGACCAGUGAUUUUGCACGAGUCGUCAGCGAUGAUGGCCUAUCGUGGUGAGACCAAACCACAAACACGGCUAGCUGCACUACAAGAUAUCCAGGGUUUCGCGGCUUAUCGAGAACCAAGGCGCAAAAUCAACGAAUUCCCGUCUAUUUCUAGCCCAAGUGCACUAAAUAUAUUCCAGUGCGUGACUAUGCGUUAA